CUUGUGAACCCUUACAUGCCGCAUUUAGACCUACAGCAUACACUAUUUACGACGCAGACAAGCUGCUGGUCUCGCCCGAUUUUCCGAAGCUCCAAGCAAGCCAUCACACGCACCUCUCCCGUCUGCGCGCCACUCCUGCUUUUACUACGGCUUAUUAAAGGACGACAGCAUCCCCCGCCCGCGCGCCUGUCAACAUGCCUCCCUACAACCCAUUCAAAAUCAACCCGAACUUUCUCCAUCCUACCCUCAAGGCUAGUGUAAUGAGCACUCAAGUUGCUGUCGCGGCUGGUGUUGCUGGCCUGGGAAUCUACGCUUUCUACCUGAGACGGAACGCAAGCGGAAGCGCAACAGGAGCUGCCCUAGCCACCAACAUGGACGCCAGCGAUCUGAAGCCGGGCAAGCUGCCUCUGUCAGGCUUUGGCUUCCACAGCUUGCGCCUACACAGCACCGAGCUCAUCAACCACAACACCAAGAAGCUGCGUUUUGAGCUGCCCGACCCCUCUCAGCCCAGCGGCAUGGGCCUCACUUCUGCUCUUCUGACCAUCUCCUUCCCCAAAGGACGAUGGCUCCCUGUUCUCCGCCCAUAUACCCCCACAAACGACCUGAACGAACCCGGCUUCGUCGAGCUCAUGGUCAAGCUCUACCCAGGCGGCAAGCAAAGCACCCACCUGCACUCGCUCCAGCCCGGCGACACCCUAACCGUGGCCCCCAUCCCCGAGCUCAAGUGGACUCCCAACAAGCACCCGCACGUGGCCAUGAUCGCCGGCGGCGCCGGCAUCACCCCCAUGUACCAGCUCGUGCGCGGCAUCCUGACCAACCCGGCUGACAGCACCCGCAUCACCCUCGUCUGGGGCGUCAACACGGACGAGGACAUCUUUUUGCGGGAUCAGCUCGCUGAGCUGGAGCAGAACUACCCUGGCCGGUUGAAGACUGUCUAUGUCGUUGCUCAGCCUUCUGCGCAGUCCCCGUACCAGAAGGGGUUUGUGACUAGGCAGGUACUGGAGCAGGCGGGGAUUAGUGCUGCCGCUGAGAAGAGCAAGGGGACAAAGGUGUUGCUUUGUGGACCGCCGGCUAUGGAGAAGGCGUUGAAGGGGACUAAAGGGUGGGUGGGAGGUGGGAAGAAGGGUGUGUUGCAGGAGUUGGGGUAUACCCUGGAUCAGAUUUACAGCUUUUAGAUGGGUGACUGACUGGGGAAGAGCGUGUUUGCAUGGUAAGGGUUUGUGAUGAAUGGGU